GUGGGGAAAGUAGAGGCUAGCCCUGGGUCCCCUGGGGGACCGCCCACGAGAGCAAGGAGGCUCGUGAGAGUAUGGGGCCAGGAGUCGUGUGCCUCGGGCUCCCCCAGCCGCUUCUGCGCCUCAGACUGGCUGCGCCCGUGAUGGGCCAGUGACCCUCCUCUCUGGACCUCACCUGUAACCCAGAAGGGCUUGGCUGAGAUCCCACAAUUGGAGCGUGGCUAUGAAGGAAGAAUUGGAAUAAAACUAUUUUGGGAAAAGAGGGAGCUGAGAUUGCAAAGACCUUAAAUAUUUGGUUCCUGAAGGAUGUUCAGAAGCCUUACAUUGCCAGGUGCUCUGGAAAUAUACCAGAUUUGUUUGUUUCCCCUAGACAUAAUGUCAAGUGGAGAUGAUCAGCAAUCACAGGCUCUUGCCAAACCCACUUUCAGUGAGGUACAAGCCUCGGCAUUAGUGGAAUCAGUAUUUGGGUUAAAAGUUUUCAAGAUCCAGCCACUUCCUAGCUAUGAUGACCAAAACUUUCAUGUAUGCAUUUCAAGAACCAAAGACACUACAGAUGGCCCAACUGAAUAUGUCCUCAAAAUAAGCAAUACUAAGUCUAGCAAAACUCCAGACCUGAUUGAAGUGCAGAGUCACAUCAUCAUGUUUCUGAGAGCAGCUGGAUUUCCGACAGCCUCUGUGUGUCGUACUAAAGGAGACAACAUAACCUCUCUCAUGUCUGUAGAUAGUGGCUCUGAAAUCAAAAACUACUUGGUGAGGCUGCUGACUUACCUCCCAGGAAGACCCAUAGCUGAGAUUCCCAUCAGCCCCCAGCUAUUGUAUGAAAUUGGAAGGCUAGCUGCCAAAUUGGAUAAGACACUAGAGAAAUUCCAUCACCCAAAGUUAAGCAGUCUUCAUCGGGAGAACUUCAUCUGGAAUCUGAAAAAUGUUCCUCUUCUGGAGAAAUAUUUGUAUGCCUUGGGCCAGAAUCGAAAUCGAGAAAUUGUCAAACAGAUCAUUCAGCUGUUCAAGGAUGAAGUAAUGAGCAAAUUAAGUCAUUUUCGAGAAUGUAUCAAUCAUGGAGAUCUUAAUGACCAUAACAUUUUAAUAGAGUCCAGCAAGUCAGCCUUUGGAGAUGCUGUAUAUCAAGUGUCUGGGAUUUUAGACUUUGAUGACAUGAGCUAUGGCUACUAUGUGUUUGAAUUGGCAAUCACCAUCAUGUAUAUGAUGAUUGAAAGUAAGAAUCCUAUACAAGUAGGAGGUCAUGUCCUUGCAGGGUUUGAAAGUAUAAUCCCACUGACAACUGUAGAGAGAAGUGCUUUGUUUCUACUUGUAUGCAGUCGUUUUUGUCAGUCACUUGUCAUGGCUGCAUACUCUUGCCAGCUACACCCAGAGAAUGAAGAAUAUCUCAUGAUCACUGCAAAAACCGGGUGGAAACACUUACAGCAAAUGUUUGACAUGGGCCAGAAAACUGUAGAAGAAAUCUGGUUUGAAACUGCCAAGUCCUACAAAUCUGGGAUCCCAUGUGACUAGCUAAAAGUCUUAUCUGUAAAACUGGGGUAAUGGUAAUACCUAUCUCACAGAGUUAGUUGUGAGGAUUUCACAGAGAAUAAUACAAAGUUCUUAGCAUAGUGCUUGGCACAUAGGAGACGUUUAAUAAAUAUUUACUAAAUGAAUGAACCAUAUUCCAGGUUACCCAGACUCAAAAUGUUGGAGUAAUUUUUCAUUUGCCUCUCUCAUACUCAAUCAGUGAUCUGAUUCUUAGGAAUCAGAAUUUUACAACAAUAAAAGGCGGUCAUAAUCCUUUUCCUUCCCGCUUUAAGUUUUUAACAAUAUAUAAUACAAACCAAUAUUUAUUGAGCAUUAAGUACUUAAAAGAAAACUCUCUCUACUCUCACAACACUUCUGAUAUCAAAUAUGUGGGGUUUUCUCUCACAUUAAACAAUUCUGACACUAACUACCCAGAGUUAACACAGACCUCACAGGUUAAGGGCUCAGUCCCACAAAACUGCCUCCACUUGAGAUGCCUGUACUUCUGACCAACCGACUAUAAAUUGAGGGUUCCCAUGACCCCCUCCUCAGUUUGAUAAUUUGCUAGAACGGCUCACAGAACUCAGAGAAAUACUUAUGUUUAUCGGUUUAUGAUAAAGGAUAUAAUAAAGGAUACAGAUGAACAGCCAGAGAAAGAGAUACACAGAGUGAGGUCCAGAAGGGUCCAGAGAACAGGAGCUUCUUUCCCCAUGGAGCUGGAGUGCGCCACCCUCCUGGCAUGUGGAUGUGUUCACCAACCAGAAGCUCUUGAACCCACAGGCAUGGUCGAUUAAAUCACUGGUCAUUGGUGAUUAAGUCAGUCCCCAGUCCCGGUUCCGUCUCUGCAGGUUGGGGGGUAGGGCUGAAAGUUCUAGCCCUCUAAUCACCUGGUUGGUUCUUCUGGCAGCCAGUACUCAUCCUCCAAGAGUCACCUCAUUAGCAUAAAUUCAGGUGUGGCUGAAAGGGGCUUAUUAUGAAUAGCAAAAGACGCUCCUCUCUCCCCUACCCCUCAGGAAAUUACAAGGACUUUUUGGUUUUUAGAAGACCAAACAUAUAUUUCUUAUAUUACAGUAUUUUACAUGCUUUAAUCCCAUUUAAUCUCCACAACAAACCCACGAGAAAAGUAGUGUUAUGAUUAACCCCCAUUUUCAGAUGAGGAAAUAGAUGCUUGAAAAGUUGAAUCAAUUUGCUCAAAGAGAGCCAGGGCCAGUGCCCCAUAUUACUUCUCCUCCUCCUCCCCACCUGUCCCCCGAACACGUGCACGUGCACACACACACAUGCACACACAUAUCUGUGUAAGCGGAUCAACUGAGAUCAUUCACCUGAAACCACUUAUGCUUCUCAAAUUUAAGGGAUUAUGAUUUUUAUCUAGCUUGACCAUUCAGGAAAUUGGAGAACAGAAAAAUGGACGGAAAGUUGGAUUUCACUCACAGACCACAGUUCAUUCUCUUAGACCAUGAAACUCUAUGGAUUUUCCUCUUUCUUGCUCUUACUACCAUGGAUUCCCCUUCACUGAAUUCCUAACCCAAAUAUUGCAUUAUUUCAAUAUUUAAAUAUGUGCUGCCUUGCAUUGAUAUUUUAUGGUGUUUGCCUAGCUUAUCUCAAAUCAAUCAGUUCCAUGCAGUUUAUAAACUCUUUGAUGACAUAAAUUGAAUAAUAUUUAUUUGAUGUUAUCUUCAGGACCUAGCUCUGUGCCAGGUCCCUAGCAGACCCUUAAUAAAUAUGUGUUGGAUGAACUAUAAGAAGGAAUGCACUUCUACAAGUGCCAGUCCCUGUCCUUGCAACUAAUGAGGAGUGUCAAAUGACAAAAUUAAAACAAUGUAGUAAGGAGUUGGAUGUCCUUUAUUCAAGGGAAAAGUCCAUGGACUUAGGGAGUACACUGCCUCUCAAGCAGUGGAGCAUUCUACCCAAGGGAUUUGGGGCAAGAGGAGUUUUAUAGAGUGUUAGAAGCAGCAACACAGAGACAGGGCAUGAUUGCCUGGGGUUGUAAAUCUGACCUUAUUUAGAAAAAUUAAGGAAAUAAAUACAGAGCCCAGACUUGACUUGGCAUUUGGGGAUUAGAUGACUGGAUAUACUGUGUUUCUGGUCAGUUGGAGCAUUUACAGGAAUAUGAAAGUUUGGUUUGCUGAUGUAGCACCCUGGGUAGAAGCAGCUCCAUCUUGGGCCUAGAAAUUUAUUUCAACAGGAGAAAACCCAGUUCUAGAUUUUGGAAUCACCACCAUAAGUCUGGCAAAGACUCUGCUCUUGCAAGUAUCUUUUUCUGUCCAGGCUUUUAUCCCCUCUAGACUGCAACAGAACUUUACCUUCUGGUCUUCUUAUCCUUAGUCUUUCCAACCUACAUCCUUCAUAUUAGAGGCAGAUAAAAACUCUA